AUGGCGUCCCCGAACAUAUUGUCUGCCGUUCUCUUCUUCCUAGCCCUCGGUCUUCUGGCCAUGGCUGCUCACAACGACAAUGACGACUACGACCAAUGUUACUUUGAUGCCGGUUAUGUCGGUCCCACGUCUCUGCUCCCCUGCUUGCCGGCCAACGAAACAGACAACGGCGUUAGUUGGUGCUGCCUGGCGGGCCACAACUGCGUCAAUCAAGGUUGUUGGGAGCAACGAUCUGGCGUGACUUAUCAAUAUGGCUGUAACGAUCCGACGUACAAAGACAAAAACUGUCCAAUAAAAGGUGGUCUCGACCGGGCCAAAUCCCCCUGGGUAGGCCUUGUCAAAUGCGAAACUGAGAAUGAAGGCCUCCUCAAAUACUGGGCGUGCAACCAUCCCGACACCUGCGGCGAAAACUGCCCCACCGAACCCGAUCGACCACAGGUGACCCAGUCCGUCUGGCCAUGGGAGCCUCAGCCCUUGCCACCUAAUAAAGACUGUAAAGAUUUAGGUAGGCGAGUGUUGGCAGUUUACGCACCAGAUCCAAUGGGCUCGACCGGUGGUGUCCCGUCAACAUACAUGGCCCCAGCAGAUAAACCGAGUCCAACAAGGCCACCAUUGCAACAGAGCGACACGACGACAACGUCAACUUCCUUGUAUACGUCUACAUCUCCUUCCGAAACUUCAAGCUCGGUCAUCACACCUCCACCGUCCACCACAGCCGCUGCUACAUCCGUUGACUUUGAGAAAGGUAGCUCAACUAUAGGCACCGGGGCUAUCGCUGGCAUUACCGUCUCUUCCACCGUUGUCGUUGUAUCAGCCUCGUUCGCCGUCUUCAUGUUACUCCGGCGCCGUCACUCCCGACAGCAAGACAUCCCCAGUGCACAACCAAUCGAGACAUAUGACCACGAUCAGCCUGGUCCUGCAGAGCUUCCCGACGACAAAUACAAUCUUAUACAUCCUCACACACCAUCCACACUCUCGGAGGCAGGACCACGCCGGCCGGUCUCAGAUAUGACUCUGAGUGUCGCAUCGCCCAGUCCGCUCAGCUCACCAAGGUCUCCAGGUUCUCCGUAUUACUACCACGGCGUUGUUCAGCCUCCUUCCGAGUUGGCGGAUCAGCCGAGGGCUAUACAUGAGAUGCCGGCCAUCAAUGAGCGCGUUGAGAUGCCUUGA